CUUUCUUCUCCUUUAGGUUAACUUUUUUAUCUGUUAUUAAGAGAAUAACUUUCCUUUACUGUUGUUGUUGACUGUUGUGUUAUUAUCUCGAUAUGUUUAGUUCUACAACUCCAUCAACUGGCAUUUUUGGUGUUCCUCAAACAUCAACCACACAAACAACAACAACAACAACAACAACACCUGGAGGAUUUGGUCACCAACGCAAUACUACUUCAAUGUUUACUCCUGCCACUAGUACUUCUUCUUUACCUUCAAACAGCAAUACAUUGAAUACUCAAACUGGAUUCCAACCUUCAACCUCAACCUCGGUUACUAAUUCCACAUCAACUAAUACCACUUCUCUAUUCGGUUCCAAUAUAACUCAAGGCGCUGGUUUUAGUUUUGGCACUCAACAACAACAACAACAACAGCAACCCGCAAAACCACUUUUCGGUGGCUCAUCUUUUACCACUAAUACAACUUCAUCCACUCCUGCAUUUAGUUUUACAUCUCAACAACAACAGCAACAACAGCAACAACAACAGCAACAACAACAACAACAACAAGACUCAUCCCUUCUUAGUUUACAUGCCGCUUUUCCAGAUACCAAUGUGCCAUACUUUGUCAUUCGACCGGAUGGUAUCAGUCGUACUAUGUUACCUUCAAGUUUCUUUAUGAACGAUCGAGACUCCACCAAAACGGAUAACGUGACUUCGUCGACCAGCUCCACUACUACUCCAACUACUACAACUACAUCAAAAGGUACAUUCGUUCUCUCUGGGAAAGACAAAGACACCAGCCUUUUAUCAGCAAGUUCACAUCUUCAGUCAUUGGGUGACUCAAAAUCAAGACGAAAUGUACUUUCUACAUCUUCUUCCUCUCCUUCCCUUACGUUUGGUGAAAAACGGACUGUGCUUCCUGGUUUUUUGACUGGUACAACUGCUCAGACUACAGAAAGUGCAACUACUGGACAUAAACGUUCAUUAAGUGAUAAUGAAGAUUCAGAGUAAGUAGAUGGACUAAUAAGAAUAAAAGAAUGGGAAGUUUUUGUCGUCACUUGUACUAAAUCCUUACUUUUCUCUCUCUCU